AUGAGUAAAAAAUUCGUGAACAACGUGGAAGAAGCAGUGAACGAUGCACUACGCGGAUUAGUCGGGUCCAGUGAUCAACUUCAGCUUCAUCCGGUAGGGGGACCCCAAAGGCGAAAACAGAAUAUUUAGAAUAAUCCACGAGUUGUACUGCGGCGGGGCGAAAAAGGAAAAAGAGUCUCUCUGGUGGCCGGAGGAGGCUCUGGACACGAGCCAUACGCGGCAGGUGCGGCUUCCGUCCAGAUUCGACGUCUUCUCUUCAGGAUACGUCGGCGAAGGGCUUCUGACGGCGGCGGUCGCCGGCGACGUCUUCGCCUCGCCUCCUUCUCGACAUAUUCAACAAGCUCUCCAAGCCACCCAAUCCGAAGGUAUCACGACCAAUUAUACCCGAUUUUCACUCAAAAUUCAACACAGAAAGACUUCGUUUGAAGUUUUGGAAGAAAGAAAAGCCAAUAAGUUUUCCUUUGGAUAACAGUUGACAAUAUUUCUAGUUCUGUAGAUAUAGAUUCAAAAGCAACAUUAAGUAUAAUAAUAUCCGGUUAAAAAAAAAGAACGUAACGAUACAACUUUGGAGAAUCUCCAAUCAACGUUCAAAAAUUUUUGAAGAAGGGACGAUACUCUUCAUAACAAACUAUACCGGUGAUCGACUGAACUUUGGUUUGGCCGCAGAAAGAUUCCAGGAGAACGGGAAGAACAAAGUGAAGGUCACAAAGCUUCUUCUUUUUUUUUUUUGGAUCGAAAAUUGGAAAAUUCCAGACCUUAUUGAUUUCCGACGACGUUGCGAUCGAUUCUCCGAGUAAUUGCGUCGGGAAACGUGGGCUGGCGGGCGCCGUGUUGACUAUAAAGGCUUGAAAAUGACUAAGAUUCAAUGAGAAGGGAAUAAGUUGAGAUCGCUGGAGCAAUGUCAGAAUGCGGCAAAUCAAUGAGUGAGAUCUACGAGAAAUGUUUGGAAAUCAAUGAGAAUUUAGGCAAGCUUUUUCUUUUUUUAUUCAACAGAAAAAAAUCCAGAUAGUUUACUACAGGUUCAAAAAAAAGCUGAAAAAAAAUUUCCCAAAACUUCUGCUCACAAAAAAAUCUUUUUCUGAAAUUCUAUCACUUUUUUCCAGAAAAUUUUUCUAUCAGCUAAAAAAAUCUUUUUAAUUUCCCGUCACACUGAAAAUCAUAAGAAUUUUUGAAAAAAAAUUUAAAUAUAACGGGAAUAGAAAAAAACUUUAUUUUUAUAAUUUUUGAAUCUUCAGUUUGGGAAAACUCAAAAUUUUGUUUGAUACUACUAUUCUGCGUGUUUUCGGCCGCUAUUCAAAUUAAGAAGUCAGCAGACCGAAGAACUUUCUGCAAAAAAUUUAAAAUAUCUCAAAAAAGACUUUUUGAGAAAUUGGAGAAAACCAACGAACAUUGUCAGGAACGCUGGGCGUUUCGUUGUACCCGGGCGCCGUUCCAGGAAAACGGCGCGGAUCGGAAAUUCCGGAAGACGAGAUAGAGGUCGGAUUGGGCAUCCACGGCGAGCCUGGAAAACACCGAAAACCUUACUCCAAAGCCGGAGAAAUCUUCGAAGACAUACUCGGAACUCUUCAACACAAAAUGCAAUUGAAACCAAGUUUGCCACGUCUUUUUAAAGUUCUAACUUACGUUUCGGUUAUUAAAAUUUUAUUUAGUAGAUGUCAUUACUAAUUAUCUUUUUUGCCAGAUAAUGGAAACUUUGAAGAUCGAAAAACUGUAACGACAGUUCUUGCUGAAAAAUUUCAGCGAGGAGAAAUUGAACAAAAACAAAUUUUUUUUUCUGAUUUUUUUGAAAGAUCUGAAAACGUUGUUGAAUUUUUCCUUCAUAAUUAAAUCUAAUUCAAUUCAUUGAUUUUUUUCACCUUCUGUACCAUUUUUUUGCGAAAUGAAAAAAAUAAUUCAUUUUUCUGGAAGAAUAAUAACUGGAAAAGUUUAGAAGAAGAACUAUUCGUACUUCUCAACAAUUUGGGAUCUGUCUCUAACUUGGAAAUGAAUAUCCUCACUGGCGAACUUGUCAAAUGGUGCGGUAAGUGAUAGAAGACUUUGUCCUUUUGAUAAUGAAUAAUUGUUUAGAUGCUCGAAAACUAAAAAUUUUGCGACUUUUUGUCGGCAGCUACAUGACGUCUUUAGAUUCUCAUGGCGUUAGUGUCACUUUUCUGAAAAACUUCAGCAACGACCUAACCGAAUAUUUAGGUGAGGCCUGAAUAGAAGUUGUUCAUUCAAAGGAAACCACAGACGCGCCUACUAAAGCACCUGGAUGGUCCGGUCAUCUGGCUGUUCAUCACCCAGUUUGUGAAAACAGAAAAGAAAAACAAGAGAAAAUGGAGACCGGGAACUUGGAUAUUUCAAAAUCGGGAGCGAUGGGAGGUUAAUUAUCGAUGGCUUUCUGUUACUCAUAUUUGCAGGCUGAUUCUCGGAAUAAGUUUCUAAAACUACGCGCUUUUUUCAGAUGAGCAUUCCAUUCGCGAAUGCGUGAAAGCGGUUUGCGCGGCGAUGGGGCGCGAGGAAGAAAAUCUGAACGAGUUGGACAGUGCGGCGGGGGACGGCGACUGCGGAACAACCUUCGCCACUGCUUCCAAGGGUUUCUACAGCUCAAAAAACGUUCUAGCUAUUCUUCAGCGAUCUUCUCCUCUAUGGAUAGCUUGGUCUGCUCCCAUCCACAGACGCUCCUGCAGCAAAUCGCCAAUAUUUUCGAACAAACUGUUGGAGGAACCUGUGGAGCGGUACUAUUUCUUUCUCUUUUUUUUUUUCAAUAUUUCGACUUUUUUGUAUAUACUCAUUCUACUCUUGAACUAGUUCAAUUAAUUUUUUUAGCUUGCUGAAAAUAAUUUCGAAAAUGCCCAAAACUUACAAAAAAAUGAAAAAUUUCCUGGUGGAAACGAAUUUGUUAACUCCAUAAAUACUUUUCUAAGGAGCUUUCAUUAGCUUUCAUGAAAAAAACGUAUUUCUCCUGAGAACAAAUAUAGAAAAAAUACUCCGAAAAAUGCCCAAAAAAAUAGUUCAUUUGGAUUUGCAGCUCUACGCCCUGAUGCUGAACUCGGCCAGCAAAGCUUUCGAUACAAAAAGUAAUUCCGAAAGUUGUGCUGAAGCACUUCGAUUGGCUAACGACACUCUACAGAAAUACGGCGGCGCCAGACCGGGCGAUCGGACUAUGGCUAGUUCCCCAGUCUUAUACAGUUUUAACUCAUAACUUAGAAGUUAUAUAUAAAUUGAAUUUAUGAAUGAUUCAUCAGGAACAUUUAAAAUAUACGGUCUUCAGGUGGACGCAUUAGAUGCGGCGGUGGGAAAGUUAGCUGAUGGUGGCAAUGAGAUCAACUGGGAGGAAGCAAUGAAGGUGGAGCAAGGACUUAUUUUCAAAUGAGAGAAAAUCAUAGGCUAGUGAAAAGGCGGCGGAAGAAACGGCCAAGCAGAAAGCGACAGUGGGAAGAGCCAGCUACACUUCGGAAAAGGUUUCGAUCAAGUUUCUAGUAGGCCGAAUGCAUGAAAAUGUGCGGUCCUGAUAGUUUUGAAGAUUCGAAAAAAAGUUUUUUUUAACAUGGCAAUUUUGAAUUCCGGAAUUAGAUUUUUGUGCAAAAGAAACUUUUGACUCGUCAUAACGGGCUUUUUAUGCAAACUCUUGGCCUUUCAAUCACAUAAAAAUUCUUUUCAGAGCCAAAAAAGGCCAGACGCUGGAGCUAUCGCGAUAACAAAGUGGCUUCGCGCUAUCCAUGAAGUAAUUCACUCGACAAGUAACACAUAG